AUGGACACAGAUGACGAAGAAGAAGAAAUCGAGUCUGAAACCGAAGAAGAUGGUGCCUUUAUUGACGUUGACGUAGAAGAACAAGGUGCCUCGUUUUACAGGGCCUCAGAUCGUGAACAAGAGGAUCAGAGUGAAAAUGAUGUCGAGUGUGAAUAUGACAGAUCAGAGGACAACAGCCCAGAACCUAAGAAGAAAAAAGUACACCCUUUAAAGAAACUGAGAGAUCGUUUCCAAGAAUAUCUGCAAGAACUUCCUGUCCUGGGCUUCAAUUCUGGUAAAUAUGACUUGAAUGCCGUCAAAGAAUUUCUGUUUCCCGUCCUAGUCCAGAAUGAAGGCGUUCGUUUUACUAUCAAACGUAACCAUAACUUCAUGUGCCUAAAGACCCCACAUCUUCGCUUCCUCGACGUCACCAACUUUCCUGCUCCCGGUUUCAGCUACGACAAAUUUCUGAAAGCCUACGAGUGUCCUCAAACCAAAGGGUUCUUUCCUUAUCAGUGGCUGGAUUCUCUGGAGAAAUUAGAACACCCUUCGCUUCCACCUCACGAAGCCUUCUUUUCUACGUUAAAAAACAAGAACAUUUCUGAUGAAGACUACCAGUACUGUCAACAA